ACUAUUUUCUCUCACUUUUAGAAGACAUUUUCGGGAUCGCCAAAGUGAUAAAUAAUAAAUUCGUUAUUUUGGUAAUUUAGUGAAUGGGAAAAUUCUAUUUAACAAGAAUUGUUGGGGAUUAAUUAAUUGUUGUCACGAUGGAUAGAACAAUGUAUGGAAAAGUUCAUCGCGGAGCCACGUACAUACCAUAUAGGAUUACCUCUAAAAAAGCGGAAGCUCCUGGCUAUGCAUUGCUGGCUGACCUGCAGAAUACCAUUUCUCCUGAGGGAGCUCAUCAACACCACCACGUGGGUAACAACGCGACCCCGGGUUACGGUUCCCUGAAUGGAUCCAGAAAUCAUGGGGUAAAUGUGUAUCGGUCUUACGACACUCGAACUUCUGCACUUCCACCGCAGUCGCCGACUUAUCAGAACCGAGAGGUAAUUGAGGAAGCUGUAACAACAAGUGUAUCUCAACCUUCCGGGAAAAUGCCAUCACUGAACAACAACCUUUCAGAACUUGAUACACUUCUUCAGGAUCUCAGCAAUGCACGUUACAAUUCUCAGUUUCAAGAACGAGACCCUAGAUCGGCAAUCGCAGGACAGAAUGGCGGAGCCGGCAGUCCCAUGAUGCGAUCAUCAAGUAGUUUGUCAACAUCCAGGCCUACUGUUGAUUCCCUUCUCGAGGAAUUGAGCACUGCUGUACCCUAUGUUGAAUAUCCACAAGAGGGACGUGUCAAAGUGACAGUUCAGGAAACGUCGACCGAGGUCCAGCCCGUGUACGAGCCCAUGUCUUUCUCGCACAAUGAAGUACAUCGGGGAUUUUCCAACGGCCAUGCGGCAAGUAGUGCAACCAAGGAACUGGACGACCUCAUGGCAUCGCUCUCCGAGUUUAAGAUCAACUCAGGAAGUCAUCAGCUACAACUGGUGACAGAUUCACCUUACGCAAAGCCUAACAAAGCUACGAAGAGUAGUCCAAGUCCAUUGCCUCAAGAGCCAACUCCGGCCCAGACACGAAUUCACAUAACUGAGACCCAAACAUCCCAUCAAUACCAACCCCAACAGGGCGAGAGUAGUCACACGACCACUCACAUCAGACAGAACCAGUUGGAUUCUAUGCUUGGUAAUCUCCAGGCAGACAUGAGUAGACAAGGUGUCACUACAACUCAGAAGGGGUGCUGCAGUGCUUGCGAAAAGCCUAUUGUUGGCCAAGUAAUAACAGCACUUGGAAAAACAUGGCAUCCGGAACAUUUUACUUGCACUCAUUGUCGUGAAGAACUGGGGACUAGGAAUUUUUUUGAAAGAGAAAAUCAUCCUUACUGCGAGAAUGAUUACCACAAUUUGUUCUCACCGAGAUGUGCUUAUUGCAAUGGACCGAUUUUGGAUAAAUGUGUAACAGCAUUGGAGAAGACUUGGCACACCGAGCAUUUCUUCUGUGCUCAAUGUGGAAAACAAUUCGGUGAAGAAGGUUUCCAUGAGAGAGAUGGUAAACCAUACUGUCGUGAGGAUUAUUUCGAUAUGUUUGCACCGAAAUGCGGUGGUUGCAAUCGUGCUAUCAUGGAGAACUACAUCUCAGCCCUCAAUAGCCAGUGGCACCCUGAUUGCUUCGUUUGCAGGGACUGCCGGCAAAAAUUCCAGGGUGGUUCAUUUUUCGAUCACGAGGGCCUUCCCUACUGUGAAACUCAUUACCAUGCGAAACGAGGGUCUCUAUGCGCUGGAUGCCAUAAACCAAUAACAGGUCGUUGCAUCACGGCAAUGUUCAGGAAAUUUCACCCCGAGCACUUUGUCUGCGCGUUCUGUCUGAAGCAGCUCAACAAAGGAACAUUCAAGGAACAGAAUGAUAAGCCCUACUGCCACGGCUGCUUCGAAAAGCUCUUUGGUUGAUCCUCUAGAAAGCUUCAGAAAAAUUAUUCGCAAAAAUUUUAAAGAAGUCCCAUCAUUGAAAUUACAAUGAGGAAAUUUUGAAAAUACUAAUUGCUGCAAUACAGGAGAUGAAUUCCUCUUAAAUUCUUUUAAAUUUAUUAUAUUUAUGACGAUUAUUUUUUCCUAGAAUUUUAACGAAUUUUCAAUAGCCAGUAGGGCUUCAGAACAGACAAAAUAUGCCCAUUAAUUCUCUUGACUGAAUUCUAGUGAAAAAAUAAUCUGAAAGAUACCCCUCGAGAUGCAAAAAUGAUCGGGCAUUUCCCUCUUCUCGUCCCCCGAAGAAAAAUCGAUUUAUAUUUUUAUUUAGGAUAAUUAAUGCAAAGCUCAUUUGAUAUCUGCAUGAACUAUAUAAAAUAAUAUUUACAAUCAAUUGAAAUUUCUAUCACGGCAACUUCCCAUUUGUUAACAAUUAAUAAAUAUUCAUUGAAUCAUAUUCAACCACCCUAUCCAUGAGUAAUUAAUAAAUCUUGGUUAACGCUGAAGGAAUUGUUGUGUAUAACGGAAAUAUGACGUUCAUUUAUUGAUAAAGAGCUUGUCGAGAAAUGGCCAAUCAUUCCAAAGCUCGUGGGGUAUAACUAACAAAUAUUUAUGUACAGUUAUCAUUACUUCUUGAUUAAUUUUGAAGUUCUCUUAUUUUGGAAUUGAUUUUUUAACGUGACGGAGGGAAGCGAAAUGUUAUUAUUAUGAAGUUUUAGAACUAAUAGAUAUUUUCAGUUGCAAUUUAUGGUACUAUUAAUACAGUAUUAGAUAAUAAACUCAAGCUAUGAAAUUAGUUGUUCGAUGAGAAUGCCAAAUAGCGAUUAAAAAAUCUACAGUGUCAAUAAUUGUGCGAACUUGAUUUAACUGAACAGAAAAGUGAAAUAGAAAUUGAAAAACCAAGUUUUAUAUGAAAUCAGGCUCCAGAUUGUUUAUUUGGCUUUGUACAAUCAACAAUGUUGUUUUUUAAGUAAACAUUGAUAAUCCUAAACAUUAAGAAAAUGUUCAAUAAAUACAGGACCAUUAAAAGAU